CCUAGACCAACAACACAUAACCCCAAUCUCUCUCUCUCUCUCUCUGACGAUGGAUCAAUCGAUCAUGGAAUACAGAACCUUGGAAAUCAAGAUGAUAUCCGCAAAAGAUGUCAAAGAUGUUACUCCUUUUUUCCAAAAGUUAAAGGUAUUCGCUUACGUUUCAAUCAAAGGCGACCCACUCAACCCACAAACUGAAGUCACCGACGCUGACGGUUACAACAAAAGAAACCCCGAAUGGAACAGCUCCCUCAAAUUCACCUUCAAGGAAUCUCUCGCUAACCAGGAUCGUCUUUUUCUCAAAAUUCAUCUAGGUGCAAAGCUUAACUUCCCCAAUAAGCUCAUUGGCACCGUCAAUAUCCCUCUCAAGGAACUUUUUGAUAACCCUGCCGGCCACCAACUCAGUUAUCAGGUUAGGAAAAUAAACUCAGAGAAAUCCAGAGGGACCUUGAACCUCUCCUACAAACUCGGUGAUCGCCCGCCACCACCGAAAACAAUGAAGGAACCAGUGAAGGCGCCCGGUGAAGUUUUUACAAAUGGCGCGUGGAAGCUUACUCAUAUUAUGGUGGUGGUUCUGAUUAUGAUUAAUUUAUACACUCUUUUCUUUUGUAGUUUAUCGAUUAUGAUUAUGCUAUUGUAGUCGAUGCGUCCUCAAUUC